GCACGUCUCCAAAAUAAAAAAAAAAAAAAAAAUAGGGCUGGUAUUUUGCCUGUGCGUUUUCUAGCAGUAGAGUGAAUGACUGGGGCAGGCUGCGAGUGUUGCUGGCAUGCUGAUAGCACCUCGGUUCACCGCAGUCUGUAAACAAGACCGUGUCAUUUCAACAGCUCAAAGGAGGRAAGACCUGGCUUUGACACAGUCCGUUUGCUAAUGUUCCUUACCCUGAGAGGGGGAAGAAAUCCCACCUACAAUCCUGUUAGAAGACUGAGACCCCUAAAGUUUCUGUCUUGUGAACAGUGUUUUGUUUAACUUCCCAAAAUUCAGGUGACUUCCGUGGGACUGCUCACUGACUCCCAGGAGUGCAUCAGACAGCAAGAUGUCCAGCAGCUGUAGGAUGAAACCCUUGGAAUUAAAUAUCCUGGUGAAUUGGUGAUGAAGUUCCAGAYCUGACACUUUCAGUGUCUUCUCUGUUCUUGAACUGCAGCUUUAAAUUAGCCUACAAGUGUCUGAGGCAAGUGGCUAUGUGCAUUAAACCAACGUGGUCUGAAGUUAAGUGGCAUUUAUGGUUGAAGAGCAGGACCAGAUGCUGUCAAUGUCCUGUUACAUGAACAACACAGCUUUUGUUUGCGGGAAAACAGAAGAGGUUGCUGUCUCUGGGGAAGAUAYGGAAGAAAAUGCAGGCAUGCUGAAAACUUCAGGAAAGUGAGCAAUGAGUGYUUCUGAAAGCUGAAAAGAAGCCCCCUUAUAGGGUCAUGAACCUAAGACAAGUCUUCGUGUCUGUACUGCUGUUUGGAGUAGCUGGUCUACUCCUCUUCAUGUAUCUGCAAGCUUGGGUUGAAGAACGACAUACAGAGUCUGGAAAAAAGCUUCAGCAAGAGGCAAUUAAUCAGGAUUUCACACUCCAGCCUCCGGGGAUGCCAAGGAAAGCUUCAUGGAGAAGUGCUCCUGUGGCUCUCAGUAGCCAUGCUAUGGCCAUCUCGAGCACCAGGCACUGGCGGGGCAGGGCUGACCCUUUGGGCAUGGUUGGUGCCUCGUUGAAGAGCCCAGAGCCUGAGCAGCAGAGGAUGAGCCAGUCCCCUCUGAGCUGGUUCAGAGGGGUGUAUUUACCUCCUGCUCUGCACCCACUAAACAAGACAUUCCUCAAGGGUGGYGAGUGGGAGGCCAUGGACAGCACCCAGGAAAAGCGGAGGGCCUUCCUGCAGGACUUCUGCAAGAAACACAACAGCAGAAAGAUGCUGCAAACCCACCUGGUGCACCUGGUGUCCAGAAUUUACGUGGAGGACAGGCACAAGGUGCUGUACUGCGAGGUUCCAAAAGCAGGCUGCUCCAACUGGAAAAGGGUCCUCAUGGUGCUCAGCGGCCUCGCUGCUUCAGCAAACAACAUUUCCCAUGAUGAUGUGCACUAUGGAAAGCAUCUGAGGAGACUGGACAGUUUUGACCUCAAAGGGAUAUACGUGCGCUUGAACGCGUACACCAAGUUCAUAUUUGUACGCGAUCCUAUGGAAAGAUUGGUGUCUGCCUUCCGGGAUAAGUUUGAACAUCCCAACAGCUAUUACCAUCCAGUAUUUGGGAAGGCAAUAAUUAAGAAGUACAGGCAUAAUGCAGAUGAAGAAGCGCUGAAAACAGGAUCAGGAGUUAAGUUCAAGGAGUUUAUCCAAUACCUGUUAGAUUCCCAUCGACCAGUAGGAAUGGACAUUCACUGGGAGCAAGUCAGUAAGCUCUGCUAUCCCUGCCUCAUCAACUAUGAUUUCAUAGGMAAGUUUGAAACCCUGGAAGAAGAUGCCAAUUACUUUUUGCAGCUGGUAGGUGCUCCAGCUGAUCUGAAGUUUCCUAAAUUCAAAGACAGACAUUCUUCUGACGAGAGAACAAGCGCAGAAGUAGUGAGGCAAUAUUUAAAGGAAUUGUCUAAGGAGGAGAGACAGCUGACCUAUGACUUCUAUUAUUUGGAUUAUUUAAUGUUCAAUUAUACAUCACCACUUGUAUAGCACCAGAAUAGCUUCAGGCUUCUAUUAGGUAUUUAUCRUUUUGGGAUUCAAAACAACUACUUYGAUAUUAGCYCUGAAAGGAAAUGAAGUUACUGCUAAGUAGAGAUAUCUUGACUUCAUGGGCUAUUUAUAAGUUAGAGUGAUAUCAAUUGAUAUUAAAUUAUGGAGAAUGCAAAGAAAAAAAGACCUGUAAACAGCAUAAAUUGCACUAAAAUGCCUGAAAAGGCUGCUUUUACCAUUAUGGAUUGUACUAUGGAAGCAGUAGCUCAGCCAGCUGUUGCAUUACCUUACCUAAUGUUUUUUUAAUGGUUUUAAAGAAAAAAAAUUCUGAGUGGCAUGAUUCUUUUUUUUUGGU